GACCUGUGUCUGAGUCACUUGUGUGGCCACAAGUUAGUUGUUUUUCAGGGAUCCUUGCAUCCCACUUGAUACCCAUGAGUAAAAUUAUUCCUGGGCAUAAUAGUUUUAUAAUGAAGACACACUCCCUAGACAAAUGUAUCCUCAGUCCUCCGGGUCAAUUCCACAUCCCUAAAGAUAACACUUAGUGCACCAACACUCAGUCCACUUGUGUGUAAUGAUAUGAAUGUGUUUGCCCGUGAAUUGUUUGCAUGAGCGCAAACACUGACUCCCCCUCCUAUAGAGGUCAGCUGGUACAGCACAUCUGUUAACACUGUUAAGAGCAGCAGAGAUACACUUAGGUUCACCGAUGCUUCACUGCAGGUUCAAAAAAUGAACGUCUCUCAGUCACAUAACUGCUGUGCCUUCGACUCUCCCAUCCUGGACCAGGUUCUGCCUCCGAUCCUGGUGCUGGAGUUCAUAUUCGGUCUGACGGGGAACUUUGUGGCCCUGUGGAUGUUCAUCUUUCACAUGGAUGAGUGGAAGCCCAACUCUGUGUACCUGACUCAUCUGGCUGUCGCAGACUCCAUCGUACUCUUCUGCCUGCCUUUCAGAGCUGACUACUACAGGCGUGGAAAGGACUGGCUCUAUGGCGAUGUCCCGUGCCGGAUCCUGUUGUUUCUGCUGGCAGCAAACCGAGCAGCAGGGAUCUUCUUCCUCACUGCUGUGGCUGUUGAUCGUUACUUCAAGAUUGUCCACCCGCUUAACCGCAUCAACCGCAUGGGACUGGGCUACGCUCUGUGGGUCUCCCUCGGCCUGUGGGGCCUGAUCGUUCUGGCCACCGGAUACCUCCUCGCUGAUGACCAUUUCUUCUACCGUAACAACCGUACACAGUGCGAGAGUUUCAACAUCUGCAUGGGCUUCAGUCCCCUCUCCACCUGGCACAACACUUUCUAUGUCAUUCAGUUCUUCCUGCCCACUGCAAUUGUUGCCUUUUGCACGGUCAGAAUCACAUGGCAGCUGAGAGUCAGGACUGUGGACAAACAGGGGAAAAUCAAACGGGCAGUUAAGUUUAUUUUAGCCGUGGCUUUGAUCUUUAUUACUUGUUUCUUCCCCAGCACUGUCUCACGCGUCGCUGUGUGGAUCCUCAAGGCGUGGUACAACGAAUGCAAGCACUUCAGGGAGGCCAACUUGGCAUUCUACACCUCGGUGUGUUUCACAUAUUUCAACAGUGUCCUCAACCCUAUUGUGUACUACUUUUCUAGCCCAGUCUUUAGUGGUGCUUUCCAGAAAGUCUUAAACAAACUGUUGAGAAAGCAAGAUGAAAAGGAACAGGUUGCAUCAAAUGGGAACAGCGUUUCCACCAUUGAAACAAGAAGGACAUGAAGCCAGGUGUUGUCUUGGCCUGCCUACUACUCUCUACUCUGAUUAAUGAUCUGUCUCAAAUCUUAAUUCUACUUUGACUCAUGCACAGUGAAUAUGAGAGGCCUGGCUGUUGCAGGCAUCAUUUCUACAAAAUCAUAGUUUCUCAUCAAAGGUGGAAAAUCAUGGAAUGAAGGAUUAGCACCACACAGACAAAAAAAAAAAAAAAAAAAAAGAAAGAAAGAAAAAGAUGAGCAGUGAGUAAUUGUAAAUGAAAUUCUUAGUGUAUGGCAUAGUUUGUGAAAAAAAGAAAUUGUGAGUAUCACUUCAGAUAUGACCACUGUAAUAGAUUAUAUCUAAGUGUAUGAAUAUGCAUAUCUAUCUUACUUUUGCUCUCUGUGCAUAUAUAUAGAGAGAGAGAGAGAGAGAGAGAGAAUCCCUUUCUCCCUGCAAAUGCUGGUUAGUUUACAUAAUUUAAAUUAUUCACUUCAUGUACUAUCCACAGCAUAUAUCGAUAUCAGAGACUUAAUCUGUUGGUACAAGUGCAGUCACUGGCAGAGUGACUCCAGGCUUUGGCCGCAGCCACAGCGAGGCUCAGACAGUUGCCUUAAAGUGCUGUCGGAAAUAUGGCAAUUUUGAUUUAAACGGACAUGAACGCCAUAACAACGUUGUAAACAGUACUGGGAAAAUGUGAAUUGCUGUAAUAGGCGAGUUGCUGAGAUGCUAACUUAAAAGGCGGAGAGAAUGGCAGUUUUAUCAACACUUCAUGUAAGAGCAAUGUGGUUUAUUAUUCUGAAUUGUUUGUCAAUCUAGCUGUUGUUGAACAUUUCAGCAAUCACGCUUAGUUUGAACCGUGACUGUCAAACUGUUCCAGUGGUUAAUUAAACAU